GCACAAGAAAUGAGCAAUAGUAAUAUGCAUAAUGGCUGUAAGAAAGAUACCUAUACAAAUUUUCUUGCAUAAAGUGUGCAUCCAUAUAUUUCAUGCUUAUUAUCCUGAGCAGGUAUGAAGAAUUCCAACUAGUUCAGUUGUCCUGAUCAUCAUGGCAGCCAAAGGGAACGACACCAAGAUACUACACACUAGCGAUCGACAGUUGCAAGUCGCCGAGAAUACCAGGAAACCAAGGAUAAGAUGGACUCCAGGGCUUCAUAACUGCUUUAUUAAGGCAGUUGAUCGACUCGGUGGGCCAUUUGCUACUCCAAAAGAAAUCAUGACGCAGAUGGACAUUCCUGAGGUUACCUCAAGCCACAUAAAAAGCCAUCUUCAGAAGUACAGGCUGAGAAUGGGUUGCAAUAGUGGGACAGCAGCUGAUAGCACAGUUGCAAGGAAAGCUGCAACAAACACCAUGUUUGAAGCAGAUGAUGGUAGCAAUACUGCAGGAUGGCACACAAAUGACAUUAGGUAUAUACAGGUCCAGGAUUUUCAAUCUACAAAUUCAUAUCUUAAGAAGUUUGUUUUGCUAACUCCAGAAGCAUCCAACUUAUGCAAGCACAAAGGACUAAAUUUGAAGGGAAGAGAAAAAUUUGCAAGAAGAAGAAUUCAGACAAUGUGGGGCAACAUCAAGUGCAAUGUAAUGGGGACAAAAACUUCCAUACAAGCACCGGACAUCAAAGGGGAAAAGGGAAAAAGAGAGCAGAAGAUGAAGAUGUUUUCCAUUUGGAAAGACAAAAUGGGCAGGAGAAGCAAAGUGAUCAUCAUCUCCAACGUCCAUUAUUCAACCUGAAUGCUCCUGCUCUGGAUGAACAUCAGCCAGGCUGGGAUUGUGAAAUCAGCUUCCAUCUGCGAUCGUGAAAGCACUAUAUAUUAGUCUUUCUGGUAAUAAUCUAUUUGACAGUUAUAUGCUCUAUUGUCAUCAUUAGCUGAUGGAGCUGCAAAGAGAUUUAGUUGUGAAGAUAAGCUUCUUCAAGCCUUCAACUUACAGGCUGAUGAUCGACUGCCACGCUUAUAUAUCUUGGACAAGACAACAAACAAUAUUUAUUUUAAAGGACAAAAUUUGGUACUAUUUGAGUUAUAGUAAAGAAGAAAUGCGACAAUAAUCAAUGUGUAGAUCCAUUUAAUUUGGAUUUUUGAGUCUUUGCUGCCAACAAAUUCCCUUUGUAAUUUGAUGCUCUAAGUUUUCAAAGGCUCAGAUUACGGUCUUCUUGGCAGCCCUCGAGGUAUAUCAUUCUCGAGCCAGCCCGUCUUGUAAUUCCCCAAUUUCAUUUGAGAGAGUCAAGUCUAAGGAUAUGAUUCAUACAAGUCUACAUUUUCUAUAAAACUCUAAAAUUUACAGUUUUCA